AUGAGUUAUCUCUUCCAGCCCUUUUCCCUUGGCACCAAUGAGAGUAUUGAAGAUACCUUCAUCGCGCCUCCUGACAACGUACAGGAAAGCCGCGACGCAAUGGAGGAAGUGGAAAGGUACAAAGUCAGCAGAAACAGCGGUAGCAGUUGCACGACAACACUCUCAGUAGCGACAGCAGCACAGCAGCUGCAGCGGCGGCUGCUGUACGACGACUUUCAGAAAUGCGGCAUUUUGCCAGAGUCUGUUGUGACCUUGCCUGAGCUGCUGACCCGUCUGCGCACAUCUGCGCGCCACUAUGACGAGGAAAUGCUGCGACGCAUUUAUGCUGCCCUGUCGUCAUUUAGGGGACUCAGGGAAUCAUGUAUAACCGGCCGCAUCUUUAUAGAGGCGUACAUGAAACGCCGGCGGGAACUGCUUGCGGUGUUGGAAUCGGCCCGUGGGGAGUUGGACGGGGCGGAGUUGAUGCUGCAGCAGGCAGAGGCGCAUCUCUCUAGCCUUUCGAUGGACCCAAACGCUUCUUUGAUAGAAGAGAGCAAGCUUACUGCUCAAGUCGCCUGUCUCCAGAACCUGGACUCUGGAAGCCCGGCCGCCGCGGAAGGAGGCAAGUCGUUUCUGCAUUUGUCUUUGUCCCUGUAUUCUCGUCUGUUUGCCCUUAUCACUCUGGCACUCCAAAUCAGUAGUCCUUGGGGCGUUGCCUUGCGCUCCACAGACAUCUUCAAGGUGCAUCUGGAGUGUCAGCAACAAGUGAUAGAGACGGCAGCAGUUCGCGUGGAGCGCGGCGUUUGCUUUUACAACGAAGUUUUUUCAUUUGAAAUUAGCAGCAGGGAAGGAGACCUCCGUCUGUGCCUCAUCAAAGUGGACCCAAACUCCGGCAGAGAAGAACUCGUGGGCGAUUGUUCUGUCCUUUUGCAGGACCUGAGCGACCAGAAGAAGAGAGAGUUCGUGAAGGAGAUCUGGGGGCACGCUGGCGAAAUUGUUCUUUCCUGUCAGUGGAUAUUCUCGAAGAGAGCUCUGUAUGAGCAAUACCUUCACGAGUUCACAGUUCGCCGCGAAGCAAAAAUACGGGAACUGUCGGACUACCAAGAAGAACUGGACAAACUCAACAGGCCCUUCUGCAUAGUGGACUCUGGGGGAGGAGGCAUGUGGAAUUGCGUAAAGGUGAUUCCUGAGGUUUUGUCGCGUCAGAUGGAGGAUCUUCGAGAGUACCUGAAGCUUCCAGGUUGGCUGGUGAGCCUGAUGGCCUGCAUCGUUGCCCUAGAUGAUUUGAAAACGCAAGCGCACAUGCAUUGA